AUGUCUUCAAUCAACGACCUCGCCACAGCUGCAAUGGCAACCACUCAAGAUGAGUCUGGCCAAAGAGGAGCUUUUAUUGUUCUGGAGGGUCUGGAUCGAAGUGGGAAGACAACACAGGUGAAGCUCUUGGAGCAGCGAUUUGUCGAGGAGGGUAAAAAGGUCAAGGUUAUGAGAUUUCCUGACAGAACUACACCCAUCGGACAGAUGAUUGAUAGUUAUCUCAAGAGCGAUGUAGAGAUGGAAGAUCAUGUUAUUCAUCUGCUCUUUAGCGCAAACCGAUGGGAAGCUGUCAAACAAAUCCAAUUCCUUCUGGCUUCAGGAACAACCAUCCUCUGUGAUAGAUACUACCACUCAGGCAUCGUCUACUCAGCCGCCAAGCAAAACCCCUCUCUGACCCUCCCAUGGGCCCGGGCUCCAGAACGCGGCCUUCCCCGGCCUGAUCUUGUACUUUUCCUCGACCUGACCGAGGAGCAAGCUUCAGCACGAGGAGGAUGGGGUGGAGAAGUUUACGAGAGGUCUGACAUGCAGAAAAAGGUGAGGGAAUUGUUCUGGGGGUUAAGCAUGGGUGGUAAGGACAUUGAUGCUAGAGAACUGGGCCUUGAUGAGGGAGAGGGAUGGAACCAGGAGGAAGAGGAUCUUGUUGUUGUUGAUGCUGGGGGUAGUGUUGAAGAGGUUAAUGAGGAGGUUUGGAGUAAGGUUAAAGGUAGGGUUGAGCAAGUUGAGAGGGGAGAGGUUGGAAGGACUUCGAACGCUCUUCCAGCUGAGCUAUUCGGGGAUGUCUCCGAAGCCGGAGGAAUAGCUAUUGGUGAUGCGGUCAAUCAAAAUUGGGUAUAA